UGAUUUCUAAUUCUUUGAAUGAAAGCCUCCUUUUAAUGAAAGCGAUGACAGUGACAUGCUAAUUUAACAUCGGAAUGACUUGAUAUUUAGGGUAGUUGUGCCUUCCAUGCAGGAACCGGUUACAACAAGUCAUUAUAAUAAUACUGAUGCUUUUAAUUUACUGAUGUAGUUAAAUGUGUUAGUGUUUUCAGAAAGAACUGCCAUGUCGUGGAUUCGAGAGCGGGAACUAUCACUUAUAGAAAGGCUCACUGCCAACAUCCUAAAGGCAGGGCCCAUGCCCAAACAUGUGGCCUUUAUCAUGGAUGGUAAUAGGCGUUAUGCCCAGAAGACACAUGUAGAGCGGCAGGAGGGCCACUCACAGGGCUUUGAGAAACUGGCUGAGACGCUCCGCUGGUGCCUAAACCUGGGUAUUCAUGAGGUGACAGUAUAUGCAUUCAGCAUUGAGAACUUCAAGCGUUCCAAAGAGGAGGUGGAUGGCCUGAUGGAGCUGGCCAGACAGAAGUUCAGCCGCCUGCUGACGGAGCAGGAGAAUCUUGAGAAGCAUGGUGUGUGUAUUCGUGUGCUGGGAGACCUGACUCUACUGCCUGAAGACCUGCAGCAGGUUAUUGCCAAAGCUGUGGUGUCAACAAGAGCACACAACAAGUGUUUUCUGAAUGUGUGCUUUGCAUACACCUCAAGACAUGAAAUUGCAAACGCUGUGAAGGAAAUGGCAUGGGGAGUAGAACAGGGUCUGAUAAAAUCCAGUGAUGUGUCCGAGGUGCUUCUCAGUGAGUGUCUGUAUAGCAGUAAUUCUCCAAACCCCGAUCUGCUCAUCCGUACGUCUGGAGAAGUGCGCCUUAGUGACUUCCUACUGUGGCAGACCUCAUAUUCGUGUCUAGUGUUCCAGUCUGUCCUGUGGCCGGAGUAUUCUUUCUGGAAUCUGUGUGAAGCUGUUUUGCAGUACCAGCUGAGUCAUCAAUCUCUCCAGAAAGCUCAGGAGCUGCACAGAGAAGGCCAAGCGCUCCAGCAGAUGGAAGCAGAUCGCACCUGUGUGGCUGAGCUCCUGCAGCAUCGUGGGAAUGGAAAGCCCAUGGAUGCCCAGAGUCGACAGAAAGCACUGCUAAACUACACCGCCAGCCGAGAGGAGAGAGUGCGCUGCUUUCUCAAUGCCCUUCAGCACAAGAGAGACACUUUCUUCAAUGAUUUAUGCAGCCAGGCUGUUGUGGCUUAGCACUGAACUUUUUUUUAUUGACUGACUGAUCUGUAAAUACUUUAGAUCUGGAAGGAUGUUUCACCCCGUUUUAUGGGGCAGUGGCUAUGUAUGUUUGUCAUUACAAUAGAACUGAUCUUAAAUCUUCAAAUAAAUUCACUUUGAUUGACCACAGGGGUUUCUUUUAUGGACUAAAAAUGCUAUAAAGAGUGCAAAAUCUGCUUGAUCUUUCGCGUUGGCUGUGAUCCGUUUGUAAUUACUGGAUAAGGAUUUUUUUUUUUUUCUUUUUAAAUAAUUCAAACUCAGAUUGUUUGACCAAUUAAUUGAAACCUCAAGAACAACUAAUCAAAUCAAAUAUUAAAAUGGCUUAAGAGCAUCUAUAUUUUAUGGCAGAACAUAAAAUGCACAUUUCUUCUAGGAACUGACUAAAGUUAUGUUCCAAAGAUAGCAGUCAAAUUUGGACUCACUCUAUCCAUCCAUCCGUCCAGAUAGAUCCUUUUUGCUUUUACAUCUGAUCCAACUCACCCAUUAACAUAACCUGUAAAAAAAACUUAUGUAAAUAAUAAUAAUAAAAAUUAUGUAAAUAAAUGCGUAUGUGUGUAUAAAGUUAUGACUAGCAGUUUUUCUCAGAAUUCAUUUUUUAAAUUUCCGGUGUAAUUCCACCCUGUGGCCAGCAGAGGCGCCGCUCUUACCAAGACAAGCAGCAGCAUCUGUCUGAGCUCUGAAACCUGACCGGGGAAUUCUGUCAUUGUUGCUUUAAGAGAUAAGCGACGCCCAACGAUACGUGAUCAUUCUCGCAGCCAAUCGCUGCACGGAAUAUGCAAAAUCUGGUUUAAACCGGUUUCUAUCUUAAAUUUCAAUAUAAAAACUUAAUAAAACAUAUACAGCCGUUAUUGUAUUUUACGCGAGACGCUGUGAGGCGUGCAGGGUUCCGUUGCUCACGAGCACACUAUUUAGACAAAUAUUCUGAUUUUUGACAUUUUUUCGGGAUUUUUCUGCAGUCAAGAUGCCCAAAAGAAAGAUUGAUGGUGAGAAGGCCGCCAAAGGCAAGGAGGAGCCAACAAGACGCUCCGCGAGGUUGUCUGCUAAACCAGCUCCUCCUAAACCAGAACCAAAGGCCAAAAAAGCCGCUGCCCCCAAGAAGGCAGCCAAGGGGAAGAAGGGCAGCAACCCUGCUGAAAACGGAGACGCCAAGGCAGACCAGGCACAGAAGGUUGACGCUGCUGGUGAUGCCAAAUGAGAAGCUAAUGAGUGUCUGAUCCUUCUAUGUACUUGGUGACUGUACAGUUUGAAAUAACUAUUUUUUACCAAGUUUUAUAAUAAGAAUUUAUAGUUGACUUGUUGACUUGCUUUUGAUGUACUGAUUGAUUUGACAGGAGUUACUAUAUUUCAUUCAUAUCCAUUUGUAUCCCAUUUUUUAAUCAAGCGUCUAUAUCUUGCCAAAACGGUUUGCCCUGGCUAAAUCUGUUGGCGAAACGCAAGAAUAUUGUCCUAAAGUUUGUUUAUUGCUUAUCUAUCUAUCUUUCUUUCUUUCUUGGUUUAUCUUUGGAUUUUAAACACCAAACAUUCUCAAAAGGCAGCUUAAGAGUGUUUCUAAAAUGUUUUCAGGAGGGGUUUCACCAUGUUGUUAGCAUUUAAACGUAGAAAUACUGUUUUCUUUUUUUAGGAAAUUACAAUGAAAUUGUCACAAGAAAAAAAAAAAAAUGAAUAAGGCAACAAUGUUAAAUAAAUUUACAAUGUGAACCUUCAAUUUCUUUAGAGGUGUGUGUUCUGAACUUGUCUUUUUUUUUUAUUAAGUUAUGUUCUGAAACAGUGGAAGGAUAUUCAGUGACUCUUAAAAUGCUUUGUUUUAAAUGGUUUUGAAUAAAAAAAUAAAAAAAACUGUCCAAAAA